CUGAAGAGUUUUACUCGUACCUUUAUAAUCUUUAUCAAAUUUCACUAAUAAAUUUGCUCCAGAAUUUGACUUGAGACUUCGAGAUUCUUAAACUUUUUAUGGUUUGCAGCCACUAUAAAUUUUUUGCCUGUUUAUUGGCCAGCGAGAAAGAAAGGAGCUGAGUUUAUUUAUUGCUUCCAGCAGAAUGAGUAGGAAGGCUUCGAAGCCCGCAGUUAAUCCGGAUGACUUGCUAACCGUACCCGAUGGAUGGAAACCUCCGAAGUUUCAAGCAGAAGAUAAUCCCCAUGGGAUGUUGUCAGAAAGUUCGUUUGCCACGUUAUUUCCGCGGUACCGCGAAAAGUAUUUGAAAGAAUGUUGGCCGCUCGUCAAAAACGAACUGGGAAAAUACAACUUGAAAGCGGAACUGGAUCUGAUCGAAGGCAGUAUGCGCGUGGCGACCACCCGCCAAACCUGGGACCCCUACGUCAUCAUUAAAGCGCGCGAUCUCAUCAAACUGCUGUCGCGCAGCGUUCCCUUUGAGAAAGCCGUCCGCAUCCUGGAUGACGACGUGGCCUGUGAUGUGAUUAAAAUCGGAUCCCUUGUGCGCAAUCGGGCCCGGUUUGUGAAACGCCGACAGCGGAUUGUCGGUCCUGACGGAGCCACGCUCAAGGCCAUCGAAUUAUUAACCAAAUGCUACGUGCAAGUGCAGGGGCAGACUGUAGCCGCAAUCGGACCGUUUAACGGAUUACGCGAGGUGCGGAAGAUCGUCGAAGAGUGCAUGAAGAAUAUCCAUCCUAUUUAUAACAUUAAGGCUUUAAUGAUCAAGCGAGAGCUGGCCAAAGAUCCUACCCUCCGCAAUGAAUCCUGGGAGCGCUUCUUACCCAAAUUCCGCCACAAAAACACCAGCAAACGAUUCAAACCUCAUAAGAUUCGCGUCAAGGGCGACUACACUCCGUUUCCCCCCGCACAACCUGAAAGCAAGGUUGACAAGGAAAUUGCGACGGGAGAGUAUUUUCUCAAGAAGGAGGACAAGCAGACGAGAAGGAAAGCCAAGAAAGAGUGAGACUGUUUAAUUUGUGAAAUGCGUCAUUCUAUUAAUUAAUAUAUAAAUUUGAUGCUUGAUUUCCGCUGCGUAAGCAUUGAUAUGUAUGUAUACGGCGCGCACCUUGCUGUUCUGCUUGUUAGUGGAAUGUUGCUUGCAGUACAUUUCUGAAAAAAAUUGAUAUUUUCUCUCACCCCGCAAAUUGCAUACUAGUUACAAUUUUAUCUGUAAUGGGCGAAAAUUGACAUGCGCGUCAGAGAUCAAUUAAAAGCUUGUCUCUGGUUGGAUUAUCCCGAUUUACAUCUAAUCCGCACCAGCGGCUCGGCGGCGGCGGCGGCUUUCGGCCGCUGUGCAGGCGGCGCAAUCAGUGUACAUUUCAUGAGACUCUAUCCCGAUGUUUCCUCCGCACAUUUGCUCCUGCAGACCUGCACGUUGAAAUUUUUUUAGCGAUGAGGUGUGAUAUCAUAGUUGCGGUGUUGUGUGUGGCGGUGUGUUGUGCAGCAGCGGAGGGGGAGGCCGAAGAUGCCGGUGCAGUGGUUCUUGGUGAGGGUCCCGCCGCGGCGGUGGCGUCGGGUUCCGCUUGGGAUUUUCCCGGUGGGAAUGAUGCGCUGUAUGAUCUGGCGCUGGCGAGUCUGCUCAGUGCGGCGCCGCCUGCAGAGGAUGGCGGGGAUUCUGCCGAGACAGCUGAACCGCCGAAGAAGCGAUUCAUCGCCUUCCUGACACCCCGGCAGACAUUGCGCGCCAUGUUCCGUCAGGUACACCGCCUGGAUAAACCGCUGCCUGAGACGGUGACCCCGCCGACUGCCUCGCCAUCCCCGCUGCACCCCGGCCGUUUGGACACCGUUAUUGGCACCCUGCCGGCUUUCUCAGGGAAACGCCGCACCCGACUGGCGAGUUACGUCCGCUUCACUUGAUUACUUCGAUUAACUGACAGACACGGAUGGCACAUGUACCUGGCAAUAGAUCCGAAGAGGAUGGAUUUUAUUUAUAAUUACUCGUACUGUAAAUGACGACUUGCGAAGCAAAACUACUGCGCACCCAGUAAAAUAUAAUGCUUGUAGAAUUGUGUUCUAAUUGUUCGAUCUGCGGUAUUUAUUUCUUAGAAUU